CUCUGUGUAUGUUGUGUGUGUGUUUCCCUUCCUCAUCCUCUCCCCACCUGUAUCUCUUUCUCGGGCUCUGUCUCUCUCUCUGGUUCUCUGUGUCUCUGGGUAUCUGUGUGUGUGUGUGUGUGUGUGUUCAGUGUGGGUGUGUAUUUCUAUGUUUAGGUCUGUUCGUGUGUGCUUCUGCAUGUCUUCCUACCCCCUCACUGCCUGUGUGUGUCCGUGUGAACAUCCCCAUUUCAUUCUGUCUUCCUGUCCUUGUGUGCCUGCUUCUCCCUGUGACUCGUGUGUGUGUGUGUGUGUGUGUGUGUGUGUGUGUGUGUCUCCGCCUGUUCACAGCAGAGCCUGUCCGGCAGGGCAGCGGAUGUGUGAGGGAUGAUUCAGUGGCUGACAGGAAGCCCGCCGUCUUGCCUGCUGCCCUGACAUACAGUGUUUGCAGCAUUAGCGUCAGCUCGGGCAGGUGUGUGGGCUCAGGAUGAGGUGGUUGCCGUGAACAGCCCCCGACUCUCAGGAAGAGUGGCCAGAAGUGGACAUGGGUGCGGAGACCGAGCUGCUAUGGCCGGGAGCAGCCCUGCUGCUGCUGCUGGGAGUGGUGGCCAGCCUGUGUGUGCGGUGCUCCCGCCCAGGUGCAAAGCGGUCUGAGAAAAUCUAUGAGCAGAGGAAUCUGCACGAGAAUCAACAGAGCUUUACAGUGGCCCGGACCUAUUCCUUGGCUGGGCAGGCCUGGCCUGGGGCCUCGAUGGACACAGCCUCUGACAUGGCGUCAGCAAGGAAGGAUAAGCUGCUUCAGUUCUCCCCCAACCUCGAGGAUUCUGCAUCUCCCAGGUACCAGAACUUCAGCAGAGGAAGCAGACACGGAUCAGAUGCAGCCUACAUAUGGUCAUGGCUUCGUGGACCGGGGACAGGGACAGGGACAGGGACCUGCUCUGGGAAGGGGCUAUCUGGAGGGACUCAUCCUGCAUCACCCAGUCAGAGACAAGUCACAGGGGCAUCUGGAACGCCAGAGAGGAAGGGCCCUGAGAUGUCUCAUCUUACAGAAGGGCAAACUGAAACCCAGGGCAAUACCCCAUCCCCAUGGACUAUUACAACUGGGGGCAGUUCCGGAAGCCCAAGGAAGCAGAUGACGAUGAUGCUAAUUCCUAUGAAAACGUGCUCAUCUGCAAGCAGGAGCUGCCCGAGUCAGGCGAUGAGGAAUCUGAGGAUUAUCAGAACUCGGCUUCCAUCCAGCAGUGGCGAGAAUCUAAGAGGGCCGUGGAGCCAGUCCAGAGAGAAGCACCUUCCUCCCCUGCAAGAAGCCCAGAUGAGGACGACGACGGGGAGCCUGAUUACGUGAACGGGGACGUGCCGGCUACAGAAUGCUAGGGCAGACCUGGGAGAAGAGCCAAGGAAUCCCACGCUCACUGGACAAUUUACUGCCUCUCAACAGUCACUUCUCCAGAGCUGCUGGACAUCUGGGGCCAGUCAUGGUUUCUACUCGGAAGUGCACCAUGUCCCAAGGACCAUCCCUCGGGCCAUGGGGGAUCUGGCCUGGGAAAGGGGUUACACAUGGAAUCAGCUCCCCCCUGGGGCAGGACAAGAGCCUGGUGCCAAGGGCAGCUCAGCUCCUGCAGUGAUUGGAUGCCCAGCACUCAGGGCAAGUCACACCCCCAUCCCCACAUCUCAAACAUCCCGCAACACUGGUGUUUGUGUCCUUUUUUCCCUUCGGAUUUGGAUCCCAAAUUGCUUACUGUCAGUUGCUGGGAUAUUUUUUGUGAUCGAUAAACUUGUACAGUUAAUUUAUAUAGGUGGAGCCAUGUUUAAUAUUCUACAUUCCAGGGUAGAGAUUUUGUCUUUCUCCUACAAGCAUUACAUGUACUUAAUUUCAGCAAUUUAGGGGGAGCCCUGGUGCUCCUUUCUUUGGGUUUGUUCAGAGGAAGAGCUUCGGUUAGUCAUCUUCAUGCCCCUUCAGUGGGCAUGUCUGCUGUGGACAGUGUCACCGUCCUGCAGAGGGGGAGGCAGGGCGGAGAGCGGAGCCCCUCCUCUGCUCCAGACUGGCCUUGGCUCAGCUAUUAGGCAGCAGGACUAUCUCAGGGGAAGGGCCGGGACCUUGACUCAGAAAAGCCAGCCAGAGUAACAAAAUGCCUCCUCCAAUCAAAUCGUCUUAAUAAAACUUUAAGAGCA